AUGCUGAUGCUGGCUAUGAUUGCUAUAAUCGUGUCCUGGGAUGUGACAGCUCUGUCUCUGGCAUUACCUGUCAUUGCCGACCAGCUACAUGGGACAAACUUCCAAUCAUUUUGGGCAAGCAUAGCCUUCAUCCUCGGCAUUGCCGUCACUCAGCCCAUCUAUGCCAGCAUCUCGGACGUGGUGGGCCGCAAAUACGCUCUCUACACCUCCAUUAUCCUCUUCGGCAUCGGAUCAAUCGUCUUCGCUACGGCAACAAAUAUGAAAAUUGUCGUCGCCGGCCGGCUGAUCAAAGGUCUCGGUGCUGGCGGGCUAGACGUCUUACAGACCAUCAUCCUCUGCGACAUCACAACCCUAAAGGAGCGACCGCGCUGGCUGGGCGUCAUGUCCAUGGCGAAUGCGGUGGGAGCGGUAACCGGACCGUUUAUUGGAGGCAUCACUGGUGUGCUGGCAUUCUUCUUUCUUCACCUGACGCCCAUCGAGGGUGGCAUCAAACACAAGGUGAGAACGCUUGACUGGUCUGGAUUUGCCCUCUUCACCGUCAUUGGUACUACUGUAGCGCUGCCGCUGAGCUGGGCCAACACGCUGUAUGCUUGGGGAUCUUGGCAGACUCUUGUUCCGCUCGGUGUUGGACUCUUGCUCCUCGUUCCGUUUGGGUUUGUUGAGAAGAGGGCGGCCGUGCCCAUGAUUCCGUAUCAAAUUUUCGACAACGUCUCCAUCAUCACAGGGACUGUGUCCGGAUUACUCUACGGCGCAUUGCUGAACCCCGCACUCCUCUAUCUCCCGCUCUUCUUCCAGGCGGUCUACCUCGAAACUCCUAUCGAAGCCGCCAAGUCGACUCUACCACUCUGCUGCCUCGUCGUGGCGAUGAGCAUCAUUGUGUCGAUGCUGAUAGAUUGGAAUCGAAAGUAUCGCAUUGCGUUGUGGGCAGGCUGGAGCCUUACGACGAUAUUCCUGGGCCUGAACUACAUGGUGGGCGCCGAUACCAGCAGAGCGCAAACUUAUGCCUUCCAAGCUCUCCUCGGUGCUGGUCUUGGCACGGCUCUCAUGGCAACCAUGAUAACCGUCCUGGCGAGCGUGAGAAGGGUCGAUGACGAGGGACGUGCCGCCGGAAUGCUUGUCACAGCGCGUUUCGUAGGCUCCCUGCUGGGCUUGGCCGUCUGUUCGACCGUCUUCAGCUCGAUCUUCCAAAAACGUCUCUCCUCGGUCCGAGACCUACCAAGGCAACUUGCCGUGCUGCAAGAUGCCAGCCAAGCUGUGGGUUUCAUACCACGACUGAGGGAGGUUCACGUGUCAGGGGAUUUUAUGCGUGUCGUGACAGGGGCGUACGAGGAUGCUUUCCAGACGAUCUGGGUAGUACUGGCUGCCUUUUCAGGUUUGGCAGCGCUGCUCUCGGUGCUGACUAGGGAGAAUUCACUGGAGAAGGACGAUGUCGGUCGGCAAGGCUUCAAAGCACCGUCAGAGUAA